AUGAUCCGCAUCAAGACAGGCAAGAAGCCCCGCGCGAAGAAGGUGAAGGGCCUGAAGGGGAUUGGCGCCCGCGGCGCGGCAAAGGGUGCCCCGCAGCAGCGGGGCGCCCGUGCCGCCCCUGGCCAGAGGGGUGCUGCCCAGCGUGGCGGCGCGCAGAAGGGCAACGCCCGCAGGCCCCAGCAGAAGCAGCCGCAGCAGCGCGGUGCCCGUCCUGCCCGGAAUGAAGAGGGCGGUCGCCCUCAGCGCGGUAGCAAGAAUGCGCCUCAGUCUCGCCAGCAGCAGGGCAGGAACGCGCCUACUCGCAAGUAG